CCGUUCUCAAGAUACGGCAAAAAAUGACGGAGACGCAUGAGGAGACCGUCACGAAUGAGCGGCAGUCACACUUAUCUCGUCACGCCCGUUGCUUCUUGAUCGCUUUCCAGUGCAGCCGUGCACGCGGUUGUAGAGAGGAUAUCACCCAUCAAUAUCCUCCAACUCGGAAUAAAUACGUAGCGGGGUAUGGAGGUCAACCCGACCGACGACGCCCCGGCCGUUCAGCCGUACCAUGAAGUUCACGACCGCCGCCAUCGCCGCCGCGCUUUUCAAGCUCGUGACCGCGUGCGGUGACGACCACGCACACGACCACUCGCUGCACAAGCGUUUGCCGCCCAGCGCGCACCUGACUCCUCCCAGCCGGCCGUUGGAGUGGGGCGACGUGAAUAUCAUCCAUACCACCGACUCGCAUGGCUGGUUGCUUGGACACCAGAAGGCAUCCUGGCCUGAGCCGAAUUACAGCGGGGACUUCGGCGAUUUUGCGAGCUUUGUAGCGCAUAUGAAGAAAAUCGCGAAGAAGAAGGAUGUGGACCUUCUUCUCGUCGACUCUGGUGACCUGCACGAUGGUACUGGCCUGUCUGACGGCGGCCCUCCCGGUAGCAUCGACGGUCAUCAGACCAACGAGUUCGUCACCAAGCUGCCUUACGACGUGAUGGCUAUCGGCAACCACGAGCUGUACAUCUACGCCAACACGCUCGACAUGCACACCAAUUUUGUACCCAAACUUCACGGACGUUACCUCUCUUCUAACGUGAACAUCACCGUCUUCGACAAGCAUAACAAGUCUGUCAGCGUGCCGGUCGGUGAGAGAUUCGUCAAGUUCAAGACAGAGAAGGGCCGCAAGGUCACCGCGCUCGGCGUUUUGUUCGACUUCACUGGAAACGAUGUCAACACUACGGUGCAAAAGGUCGAGGAUAUGGUCAAGGAGGCUUGGUUCGCCGAGGCUAUCAAGGAGGCCCCCGACUUCUUCCUUUUGACCGGACAUAUGCCCGUUUCGAACGACAACUGGCCGACUGUCUUCAAUGCCGUCCGCGCUGUUCACCCCACGACACCCAUCCUCAUUCUCGGUGGCCACACGCACAUCCGUGAUUGCAACCAACCCGACGGCCGCUCGAUGGCCCUUGAAAGUGGACGCUACAUGGAGACCGUCGGCUGGGCGAGCAUGACGAUUCCAAAAUCGCAGCACGCGAACGUCACCUUCACCAGGCGGUAUUUGGAUCCCAACCGAGUCACGUACGAGUACCACACGAAGCAGAGCAAUAGGACAUACGACACCUCUCUUGGACAGGAGAUCACGAAGGGCCUGCUGAAGCUCUCCAAGGAAUUCAAUCUCGACGCCGAAUUCGGUAUCGCGCCGCACGACUUCACCAUCACGCGUGCUCCUUACCCAUCCAACGAUUCGCUCUUGACCCUCUUCGUCAACGAGGCUGCUCCUGUGGCGCUUUCCAUCAACAAUACCCGCGCUUCGAUUCCCCGCAUCAUCAUCACCAACUCGGGCUCUCAGCGCUUUGAUGUCUACGCCGGAUCUUUCACCAAAAACGACCAACUUACUGCGUCGCCCUUUGCCGACUCCUUCCUUUAUCUGCCCAACAUCACCCUCGGCGUUGCAAAUCAGAUCCUCCCGGUCUUGAACAACGAGGGAGAGGAGAAGAGGAGUUUGGAGGUCCUGGAGAGUAGGGAAGCCGAGGCGUAUGCCCGGGGAGAUGUUGACAUGAGGUACAACAAAUGGUUGGAGGAGAUGGACAAGAGGCACGGCGCUGAGCGUCGCGCGGCGGCGAAUGCGACGCUCGGCUACGUCACGAGUGACAAGUGCCCCGGCGUCGGCGACGAUACGCUACACGCUCCUCUGCCUUUCUACUCCACCCCCUCGUUCAUCGCCUCCGACGCACCCGACGUCUCAGACGAUACUCCGAUCGACCUCGUCUUCGUCGACUUCAUCGAGUCGCAGCUGCUCACGAUCCUCAACAGCGUGCAGACGGACCAGAAGUUCACCACGUCCGACGUGCAGUCGUACAGCCCGUUCUUGGCGAGCGAGCUUCUUGGCCUGUUCGCCGAGCGGGUUUGGAACACGACCUCGACAUGAGGUCGUAUGGUAGUGUACGGC